CAAUAAAUAAACUUAUCUCAAAUAUUUUUAGGGCGACCUCCCAACUCCCUUCCAGGGCAGUUGUAGGAAUUGGACGCAAAGAUGGCAACACAACAGUUGUUACAAAGGCCAGUAGGCGUUGCGCGGACUUCCCGCGUACAAAGGGCGCACGCCGCCCCAUUGCGCCCUGUCAUUAGCCGACGCGUCCCCUUCACACCCGCCACACUAUCCAGCGCUCCAUCUAAAUAUAGCAGCGUCCUCCAUAGUCGCUUGGGGCGUCGCGUUGCACUUGUCGUCGUUCGUGCAGCAUCCGAGGAAGAUGGCCGAACAGCCGGUCACCCGUUUCCAUGGGAGGAGGAUUUUGACCUGUUGGGCGACAAAGUCAAGGAGAUUACGGACGAACUGAUCGACGACUUGCGCGGGUGCAACAUCUGGCUGGUUGGCAUGAUGGGCAGCGGCAAGAGCACCGUGGGCCGCAUGCUGGCCAACACGCUGCGCUACGCCUUCUUCGACACCGACUCGGUGAUCGAGCUGGCGCACGACAACCGGCCCUGCGCGGCCAUCUUCGCGGAGGAGGGGCAGGAGUACUUCAGGCAGUGCGAGACGCAGAUCAUCAAGGAGCUCUCCCCAUACCGCAACCUGGUCAUCGCCACGGGCGGCGGUGCCGUACUGCGCCCCGAGAACUGGGGCGCCAUGCAGCUGGGCAUCGUGGCCUGGCUGAAUGGGGACGUGGAGCUGCUGGCCAGGAGGGUGGCGCGUGACGGACUGGAGAAGCGGCCGCUGCUGGCCGCCCCAUCGGGCUCGGCUUCCCCGGCCUCCCCGGCAUCGUCCUCGGAAGACUCAUCAUCAUCAUCAUCAUCAUCAUCUUCGUCUUCUACUACUUCGGAAUCGACGUCGUCCGAAGCGUCUGCGUCCGCAGGAGGAGGCGAGCAAGAGGACGCAGCGGCGCUGGCGGCGGCUCGGGAGAAGCUGGCUGCGUUGUUGGAGCAGCGGCGCAUGUACUACGAGAACGCGGAUGUGGUGGUGAGCCUGGAG